GUUUUACUUUUAUUUUCUGUGAAAAAAAAAAAAAAGGUCAGCUGGCACAGCGUCAGACUCUCACAACAGAGACGACAUAUACAGUUUGGAGUAGCUGUUGCUUUUUAACUGGAAUAAAGGCUGACUACAGAAUCAGGACCGGGGGACAUCCUUGGACUUUUUUCUGUCUUGUCCAUUUGUAUUUUCUCAGUCUUUUGGAGUAAAGUGAACUUUUUGAUGGGGGAAAAGCUCCCCACGGUGCCAGGAGGAGCUCAGCGCCACAGGGAGACUUUGAGUAGACCUGUGCAGACGCUCAGGGUUAAGAUGGUACUUCUGGGAAGCUCUGGCGUGGGGAAGUCCAGCCUGGCACUGCGAUUUGGCAAAGAUGAGUUCAGGACUACAUCACCUACUGUAGGCUGUGCCUACCUGACCCGAGUGGUGCAUCUGAGUGACGUCACUCUUCGCUUUGAGAUAUGGGACACGGCAGGGCAGGAAAAAUACCACAGUGUCACCCCACUUUACUACAGAGGAGCCCACGCUGCACUCCUGGUCUACGAUAUCAGCAAAAGGGAAACCUUUAUCAGAGCUCAAGUGUGGCUCAAAGAGCUUGAGAAACAGUACAUACCAGGAUCUACGGUCAUAUGGCUGGUAGGCAACAAGGGAGAUCUGGCACAGGAUCGACAAGUCUCAGUGCAGGAAGGACAGAGUCUGGCCAAUGACAGGGGCUUAUUUUUUACAGAGACAUCAGCCCUGUCAGGGGAUCAAAUCUGCCAGCUGUUGCUAGCUGUAGCCCACAGAGUGUACGAGUGUAUUGGAGCGCAGCAGGGAGGACUGUCAGAGUGGAAGGAGACGGAACAUGUGGAUCUGCAUCGUGGAGACACGUUCAAUCCUUUUGUAUCCUGCUGCAAAGUUGGACCCUAACCUCAGUCACUGUUAGCUGAAUUGCUGCUUGUCUUUGUUUCUCUGUCUUCAUCAUUUCAAAGCUGCACUGGGUAACACAGCCGAUAUACAAAAAAAACAUCGAAGGAAAAAUAAAAUGCUGUUAGAUUCUGAAUCUGUGGUUCUCUGCCUGUUUAAUUCUACUAACCACUGCACUGCAUUUAUCCUGCAAUUUGCAUUGUGGUGGAAUGUAAACAAGGAAUGCAUUUUUUAAGGUUGUUUUACUUGAGGCUAAAAGCUUCUCAAUAUUUUUAAUGCAGUAUAAGUCCUUGGCUUUUGUGUUACAGUUGUACUAGUGAUCUAUCCACAAGAGUUCCAUUUGUUGUACUGAUUUUCCUCGGUGGGUUUAGGACUAGGGUCAAUGCCCUCAGUGUCUGUCUAUAUGCCAGAUGUUGAACUGAUACCAAUUACUUUCAUUCUGUGUCUCCUGCCUGUGAUUAAUCUGAGCAGAGAUCCCCUGAGCACAGUUCCAUUGAGUAUGGUUCUCUAAAUUAUUUUCUUUAUAAUAUACACCCUGUCCAGGGUAAUCUAAUAAUAAAAA